UACAACAUGGCUUCCUCCAUGUGGAAUAGGGUUAUUAGCUCGGGUUUUGGGAUUCUACACUCUUCUUUUUGGUUGUCGAAUCAGGCACUGAAUAGAUCUAAAGGUGUGGUGGAGCAGGUCAGAGGAUAUUAUGUGGACUGGAGGAUGUUGCGAGAUGUUAAGAGAAGGAAAAUGGCGCUUGAGUAUGCAGACGAAAGGCUACGCAUCAACGCUCUGAGGAAGAACACCAUCCUUCCAAAAGAGUUGCAGGAGAUGGCUGAUAAAGAGAUCGCAGCUCUGCCACGGGACAGCUGCCCAGUGCGCAUCCGCAACAGAUGCGUGUUGACGUCACGACCGCGGGGGGUUAAACGCAGGUGGCGCAUCAGUCGCAUCGUGUUCCGUCACCUGGCUGACCACAACCAGAUGUCCGGGAUCCAGCGUGCCAUGUGGUGACUUGUCAUCAGAAAAUCACCUAUGGAUGAUCCUGGACUCAUGGCAGUUUAUUUCACAG